AUGGGCAGAGAUAUUCGGCAGCGCGCGCUGCAAAAGCUAGCCUCGCUUUCCGCCGGCAGCUCUCCUUCGUCCUUCGACAGAUCUGACUUUGACCGGCUCUGUAAAGCCUGCCAUACGGGCCUCAGGAGCCGUGAUUAUACCAAUGGACACCCUGCCGCAACACGUAUUCCCAUGACCAUUCGAGAGUUUGAAGUCCUGCUAGCCCUGUGUAAAGCUGCACCUAGCAUCCGGAAUGCCCAAAAUGCCCAGCGACUCGUUCAUCAACUUGCUCCCUACAUACUUGAAGCUCAUGCGCAUUCGUUCGUCCCUUCGCCGUACUUUCGAAACAUUGAACCAUCGCCCACGGAGGCCCUCGCUUUCCAUACAACGGCUGCUCUCCUAGUGCUGGGGAACAGCUACGAAGAUCUCGAAGAGAAGGUGGCGGAGAGUAUCUGGGCAUUUGUUAAUGCUUGCGGAGUCGCCGCUGGGAAUGUUGUGUCGCGCCAGGCUGAAGACGUAGAAACGUCGAGCGUCGAGGAUGCUAUUAGAACUGCGACUAUUGCCGUUGCUUUGCUUGGUUUCAUGGAUGCAGCGUCCGCGCAAGUCGAUUUCUGGAGGGCUGGAGGGAGGCUCUCUUUGGUUAAGAGGCUUCGGGAUAUACUUUCCGAGUCUUUCCUCUUAGCUGUUGAGACCGCCUUCUCGACCUUGAGAAAUACACACCCGAAUGAACGCCAGCCCAAGGAAUGGAGGCAUCACCUCCGUCAUUACGCCGGAACCGGUCGCCCUCUCGGCGCCAUGCUAUUGCAACGUAGCUUUUCCUGGUUGGUGGUUUCGGCUACAUCUCUCUUGGUUGUCGACGCGAAGAAUCUGCGGCAAUCUAAUGUUCUUGACCUUCUCAUUUCUGGUGAAGGUCGGCUAAGACCCAUGUCCUCCAAGAGUUCGGAAGCUGACUUUAGAUCCGUGGAAUGGUACGCCAACCUUGUCGUUGAUCAAAUGAAUUUCCUCGAGGCCUCUGCGGACUUUGACCAGCAGCUCGCCUCAUCGUGGCAGCAGAAGAUGGCUUUCGCUGUAAAGGCGGCAUCUCUCAUGGGCUAUGUUUGUUGCGCUGCCCUUAAUGCCGAAGCCGCCGACGUCGACAUCCUCAUGUCUUGGUUGGAGGAUGUCCUAGUAGACCCUGUUCAGAUGGCCGACGAAGCCCUAGCUACGGCUGUAUUGAAGAGUCUCACCUUGGUGUGCAGGAUUUCGCCCAUGCUUGCUUCGACUGUAAGCCGUCUUCUGCCGAGGUUCAUCGUCCAAUCUGCCUCUAACUCAGCAACUGUUGCGACGGCGUCCAACUGCCUUGCAUCUAUCUUGCGAUUAUUGUCCAACGACGCCAUCAUCACUACUCUGUACACUCUCGGCAACGUACUCAGUCCUGGGUCGAAUCGUGCCGUCAAUGGUGUCAAUGGUACCAAUGGCGACUUGUCGACAGACAGUCCGAGCGUGCCCGUUUACGCCGGCCGUCACUCCACUGGUAGUUCCAUCUCCCUCCGGCUAGACGGGGAGGAACAUACAGCUGUUGCGUAUGGCAAUGUUGUUCAGGCAAUCUGCGGUAUAGCCGAAGCGUCUGGGGACGAGAAGAUCAUAGCCUUGGCCCUUUCGAUGCUGCUCCAAAAAAUAGGCAAGGUAAAUAGCAGUGUCAAUGCACAGAUUAUCACGGGCGCUGCAGCAUUGUCCCUAAAGGGCGGUCAACUUGAGUUCCGAUCCCUCUUGAAGAUGUACACGAGGGUCUGCCGCAUUGCUGUUGCUGAAAAUAAAGAAUCGCUCUUGACCGCAGUUAUGAAAGCCCGCUGCUACAUAUCGGCCAACCUUCGACCCGACUCUCCCCUCUUCGAUACUUACUGGGAGCACCUCCUCGACUCCAUUAUUUCUGUGGGAGAUGUCCACCAAUCCAGCCCCACCAAGGACUCUGAUGUGCAGCUAGCCGCUCACGACAUUGCCCAGCUCCUUCGGCCUUUGGCUGUUUUCAUGGCUUCAAAUGACAUGUCGGUCGAUGCCAUCACCGAGGAUGAAUCUCACUCCAUGCUUCGUGAUGCUUGGUUCAAUAUUGUUGUCCACGGGUUCCUUCCUUCAAGCGAAUUAGGAGAAAAGUGGAUCAACGAACUGCGCAUAAUGGCUGUGCACUCGCCUCCUCUUGUUGCCGAGCAGCGAGGGGAACAGGUGGAGAGUGAUAUUGAACUCAAUACUGUUCUUCGUAGAGGGAUGUCCUCUGAACGUGAGGCAAUGCAAAAGAAACAUCUUUGCGAGCUCUUGCCCUCAAGAUCAUCCGAUAUCCGCAGCUUGAGCUAUCGAAAGGUAAUCUUUUUGCAGGCUGCCUACCUGGUUGAAAGUCUCCGUGCCGAUGCUGGGGAUUGCACUAAGGCGCUCUCCUACUUCCUCGAGCCUAGCAUGCGCGGGGGUGCAGUGAGCAGCACGAUGGAGGCACUUGCUGCUGCCGUUGUUGAUAAGUAUCUCGACAAGACAAUGGCUGGAAAGGAUACCGCAUUCACCUCUCAGUAUGUCGCACUGCAAUUGGCUUCGAUAUUCUGCAGUUGCUGUCACCGGAUCGAGCGUGUCCAGCAAGCAGCGUUGGCUUGUGCCGACCGAAUUUUGCGCGAUGUGCCAUCUGCUCUUUGCCACAGGUCGUCUCUCUUCGCGCUUCUCGAACUGUUGACGCUCAUGUGGACGAGCUGCCUCGAGGAAGAAACCGAUUUAUAUGAACCUCAGUCAACAUUCACCUCGCGUCUUGGCAAUGUCACGGUCGAGCUUUCCCAUGACUACGAUUAUCGAAGGCGCACUCUCAAUAUUAUUACCUACAAAGCCAAGGCUUGGGUCUCUGCCGCUAUUAACCUCGCCCCUCUCGAUGUCAAGGGCCUUUUGCAAACGUACCUCUCCGAAUACUACGAUGAGGGUGCAUACGGCCACACUUCCUUCGGAAGAUCGUUCGCCGUGGAGCUUGGUUCUUUCAUCCCCGCCACGGACCACCGACUACAGUCCAUUGAGCCAAACGGAAGCUACAAGGUCAAUGCUGCAUCGGAUUUCAUCGCCCAGUACACGACCCGCCAAGAAUAUCGAUAUGGCGAGACGUUGCCGGACCGAGGCAUGGAGUUAAUGAGCUUUAUGCAUAUCAACAGGCGAACUUCGUUUGCGCAGUCACUCUCUCAUGAAAGUGCCAAUGCUGCGACGGCCUUAGCCCACGUCGAGGCUCGCCUUCUUAGCAAGAAAGGGACCCCGCUGGAAGAGGUCCGGGCUAUCCUACGCAGAGCUGCUGCUCUUCUUUGCCGAAGCACGCGUGACGAAUCUGCCGUUGUUCACUACCUUGUCUCCAUUCCGUUUGCCAUGUUUACCAAACAGUCAAUCAAGCUAGGCGCCUCGCUGUGGUUGGGGGUUAUUAAUGAGAACCCACGCCUGGAACCCCGGCUUCUCGCCGAGAUUGCCCAACAGUGGGAGCUUACCAUUCAGCGCCGCCUCGGCUUAUUUAGUAUAGCAUUGAGUCAUCCCGAUCCCUUCACUGUGAAAAAGGAGUUUAGCCCAAGCGAUCUCGAAGCUGUCGCUAAACGGAAACAGCUCGUGCACAACCUCCUAUCCCCCCAUGCAUGGCUGAUCCUGUUCCUUGGGAGCCACUUCAAUGCCACACAUUUGGGUAGCCCAAAUGUCCAGAAGAUCUUUCUCCGUCUCAUCGACGUCACUCUUGAUGCCGUCCAGGCCUCGACCCCCCAUCCACUGGCUCGCAAAAUUCGCCUUGAGAUUUUGCUUCUUGGCCUACGAGUCCUCCGUGCUUGUACGAACAUGGGCGCGAUUGCCGAGUGGCGUCUCAAAGAUAAGAUUUUAUCCGCAGGCCUGAGCUGGUUCAAGCUAUCGCCGCGAUACUCGUUCGGAAAUAAUAUGCUCCAGGUCAAGACGGAACUGCGACUUCUCACCGACGUCCUCAGUGCGCUUAAGCUUGUUUCAUAUAUUGGUGCUCAUGCCGUUGGCAGCAUCAAGUCCCUGCAAGCAAAGGAGCAACUUCUUACCGUCCUCCUCGAGAAUGAGCAGGCGCGGUUGGGCGUCUGGUUGGACCCAAUAAACGAGGCCGCCAGAUCCCAGUCCUUCGGGACUAGCAUGUCCAAGGGCGCGCUCGAGUCCGCAUUAUUACAACUCGUCCGCACCGCUUGGAUGGAAGGCCCCUCAAUCGCAAUCGAGCUUUCCACACGAUUCCCAUUCCCUAGACUUCAGACCCAGAUCAGAUGGCUUCUACUUAAUGUACCGUCCCGGGCGAUCGAUGAGCCUGAAGCGCUCCCGAUCAUUCUAGGUGGUGGCCUCCUCCCUGACGAUGUAACCUUCCUUCAGCUCAAGCACCUCCUGUAUUGGGCACCCGUAAAUCCAGUCACUGCAAUCACAUUAUUCAUGCCGAGCUACCAGAACCACCCUUUCAUUAUCCAGUACGCCAUGCGGGCGCUGGAGUCUCACUCUGUUGAUGUGACGUUCUUCUAUGUCCCUCAGAUCGUCCAGACUCUCCGAUACGAUGCCUUGGGAUAUGUGGAACGCUUUAUUCUCGAGACCGCACAGUUUUCUCAGCUCUUCGCUCACCAAAUAAUCUGGAAUAUGAAAGCUAAUUCCUACAAGGAUGACGAUGCACAGAUUGAGGACGCUAUCAAGCCAACGCUGGAUAGUGUAAUGAAGAAAAUGGUGACGAGCUUUAGCCCGACCGACCGGAACUUCUAUGAGCGAGAGUUUUCCUUCUUCGACGAAGUGACGGGUAUCUCUGGGAAACUGAAGCCUCUUAUUAAGAAGUCGAAGCCAGAGAAGAAGCUGAAAAUCGAGGAAGAGCUCCGCAAAAUCAAGGUUGAGGUUGGAGUAUACCUUCCUAGUAAUCCAGACGGUGUCGUCAUCGGCAUCGAUCGCAAGUCAGGAAAGCCCCUCCAGAGUCACGCAAAGGCGCCCUAUCUUGCCACUUUCAGGAUCAAGAAGAGUAGGACUACUGCUGAUGAGUCGCCUGAACUAAUCGACGAUGCUGGUAAGAAAUCUCAAGAGCCCGAAGAAACCUCGAUUGAAGUGUGGCAAUCGGCCAUUUUCAAAGUGGGCGAUGACUGUCGCCAGGACGUCCUCGCCCUGCAAAUGAUUGCGGCUUUCCGGGGCAUCUUCCAUACCGUUGGCCUGGACGUGUAUGUAUUCCCUUACCGAGUCACGGCUACAGCACCAGGCUGUGGCGUCAUCGACGUGCUCCCGAAUUCGAUUUCCCGAGACAUGCUUGGCCGUGAGGCCGUCAACGGGCUCUACGAUUACUUCAUUUCCAAAUACGGCAACGAAGACUCUCUUCGGUUCCAAAAGGCCCGCAACAAUUUCGUCAAGAGUAUGGCUGCGUACUCCGUCAUCUCGUUCCUCCUCCAGUUCAAAGACAGACACAACGGGAACAUCAUGAUUGACGAUGCCGGCCAUAUCAUCCACAUCGAUUUUGGCUUCUGUUUCGAUAUUGCUCCCGGUGGCAUCCGUUUCGAGCGCGCCCCCUUCAAACUCACAACCGAAAUGGUGGCCGUCAUGGGCGGAAACACCGAGCAUCAAUCUUUCAAGUGGUUCGAGGAGCUCUGCGUUAAAGCGUUCCUCGCCAGCCGGCAGUACUGCGAGAAGCUCGCCCAGAUCGUCCUCUUGAUGAUGGACAGCGGCCUUCCCUGCUUCAAGCCGGAGAGCGUGAAGCACUUUAGGGAGAGGUUCGUCUUAGAGAAGUCGGAGAGGGAGGCGGCGGAUUUUAUGAAGGAUCUUAUCAGGAAGAGCUAUGCGAGCUACUCCACAAGCAUGUAUGAUCAGUUCCAGCUUUUGACGAACGGCAUUCCGUACUAA